AACUCUUCUGAGGGAGGGGAACCUUUAUUUUUACGUUUCACUCAAACUUGAGCGCGGAUUGGUCAAAGUACUGGAGACACGCAGAGAAUGCUAAUAAGGCCGAGCAUUCCGUCCAAUCAUAUGCUGGAGUGUUGUGUCACGCGGUUCUCUGUGGCGCGAAAAUACCACAUUUUCUUUUCGGAGCGGGAGCAGAGGAGUUGUUUGUAGAUUAUUUUAGGAUUUGCUAAAAUAUAGUUAAAUUUCAGAAUGGCUGCUGAAGUGGUGGACGACCAGGCGAUGAGGGAGGCGCAAAGAGAUUAUCUGGAUUUUCUUGAUGAUGAUCAAGACCAGGGUAUCUAUCAAAGCAAAGUGCGGGACAUGAUCAGCGAGAACAAGUUCCGACUCAUUGUGAACAUCAACGACCUGCGACGGCGCAACGAGGCCCGCGCGGCCAGGCUGAUGAGCAAUGCAUUUGAGGAGCUGCUGGCCUUCCAGCGGGCCCUAAAGGACAUGGUGGGCUCUGUGGAUGCCACUUAUGCCAAGCAGCACGAGGAGUUCUUUGUGGGCCUGGAGGGCAGCUUUGGAAGCAAGCAUGUCACACCCCGCACGCUGUCUUCGCGGUUGCUGAGCAGCAUUGUCUGCGUGGAGGGAAUCAUCACCAAAUGCUCGCUAGUGCGCCCCAAGGUGGUUCGCAGUGUCCACUACUGUCCAACAACCAAGAAGACAAUAGAGCGCAGAUACACUGAUCUGACCUCCCUAGAUGCUUUCCCCUCCAGCGCCAUCUACCCCACCAAGGAUGAGGAGAACAACCCUCUGGAGACAGAGUUUGGGUUGUCUGUCUACAAGGACCACCAGACCAUCACAGUCCAGGAGAUGCCUGAGAAAGCCCCUGCUGGGCAACUCCCACGUUCUGUGGACAUCAUACUUGACAAUGACCUGGUCGACGCGGUCAAGCCCGGCGAUCGAGUGCAGGUCAUCGGCACGUACCGCUGCCUGCCUGGGAAGAAGGGCGGUUUCACCUCUGGAACCUUUAGGACCAUCAUGAUUGCCUGCCAUGUGAAGCAGAUGAGCAAGGAGGUGUCACCUACCUUCUCUGCUGACGAUGUGGCCAAAAUUAAACGUUUCAGCCAGUCUCACUCCAAGGAUGUGUUUGACCAGCUGGCACGCUCGUUGGCACCCAGCAUCCACGGUCACGAGUACAUCAAGAAGGCCAUCCUCUGCAUGCUGUUGGGUGGUGUGGAGAAGGUCUUGGAGAACGGCUCCCGCAUCCGUGGGGACAUCAACGUGCUGCUCAUAGGUGACCCCUCAGUGGCCAAAUCCCAGCUGCUGCGAUAUGUGCUGCACACGGCCCCCCGUGCCAUUCCUACCACGGGCCGUGGGUCCUCUGGUGUGGGUCUUACAGCUGCGGUCACCACUGACCAGGAGACAGGUGAGCGGCGCCUGGAAGCUGGGGCUAUGGUGCUGGGAGACAGAGGCGUGGUGUGCAUCGACGAGUUUGACAAGAUGUCCGACAUGGACCGCACAGCCAUCCACGAGGUGAUGGAGCAGGGCCGUGUGACCGUGGCCAAAGCAGGCAUCCACGCCAGACUCAAUGCCCGCUGCAGCGUCCUUGCUGCUGCCAACCCCGUGUACGGCAGGUACGACCAGUACAAGACACCCAUGGAGAACAUCGGCCUCCAGGAUUCGCUGCUGUCCCGUUUCGACCUGCUCUUCAUUGUGCUAGAUCAGAUGGACCCAGAGCAGGACCGUGAGAUUUCGGACCACGUGUUGCGUAUGCACCGCUACCGCAACCCAGGCGAGAAGGAUGGCACUGCCAUGCCUUUAGGCGGCUCCGUCGAUAUACUGGCCACGGAGGAUCCCGAUGCUGCUCAGGAUGACCAGGAGUUGCUGCAGGUGUACGAGAAGCACAACAGCCUCCUACACGGGAGCCGGAAGCGCAGGGACAAGGUGGUGAGCAAGGAGUUCAUGAGGAAAUACAUCCACGUGGCCAAGUCCAUCACACCGGUGCUGACGCAGGAGGCGGCCAAUCACAUCGCCGAGGAGUAUUCAAGGCUACGCAGCCAGGAGCAGCUGGCAUCCGACGUUGCAAGGACCUCGCCUGUGACUGCGCGGUCCCUGGAGACUCUGAUCCGCCUGUCCACAGCCCACGCCAAGGCCCGCAUGAGCAAGGUGGUUGAGAUGGAAGACACGGAAGUGGCCGUUGAGCUCGUGCAGUUUGCCUACUUCAAAAAGGUUCUUGAGAGAGAGAAAAAGAGGUCAAGGAGGGAGGAACAGGACACUGCGUCAGAGGAGGAAGAUGAUGAACAACAGACUCCGCGGAGGAAAAGGGGGCGCCGUUCAGCUGAACACCGCCCAUCUCAAGAUGGUGACCCAUACGAUUUUGACGGGGAGCAGGAUGUUCCAGAAAUUCAAGCUGGAACCCCAAAGGCCCAGGAGCAGCCCAUGGAGACUCCGGAGCAGGAUGGAGAGGCAGAGCUAUCUGCCAGCAGACUGAAGACAUUUAAAGCAGCACUUCUGGAAGCAUUCCGCGCGGCGCAUGCGCAGUCCAUCACCCUGGCGGCACUGAAGGAUGCUAUCAACAAGGACAACAAGGAGCCCUUCAGUGCCACCGAGGUCCAGGCCGCCCUGAGCCGCAUGCAGGAUGAUAACCAGGUCAUGCUGUCCAGCGACAUAGUGUUCCUUAUCUGAAGGACACCAGGGGAUGGGAAAGGAGUUGGAACUGAUCUUGGCUCCAGUCUGUCUGGCCCUCAGGUGUGACUGGCUGACUGAUGUAGGCAAAGGGUUUGUUUUGGAAAAAUCUGCACUGAAAGCAGAUAAGUUCAUGAUUAAAAAUUUCUGUUUCAGUUGCUUUGCUUCAUUGUUCAAAGUGCUCUUGCAUGUUGUAUGCAGUUUCAUGCACAUAUUCCGAACUUUUAUUAUGGAAUAUUCCAUAUUUACUGUGUAGAAGCUUCAAUUUUUAUGGUUUAAGCUUUUUUUUUUUUUUGUAAAUCUACAAAAAUUUUGUAUAUAACUGAUGUGAAGGUAAAGCCUUUCUGCCCUUAAUUUUU